UGUCUUUGCACCAAUCGAUCCCUACCGGGCCGGGCCGAGCCGAGCCGGACGAGGGGGAGGGGGGCCGUGGACCCAGCUGCACCCAGCUCAGCCCAGCCCAGCCCCCACCCUCACCCUCACUCCCACUCCCACAGCGGGGCUGCCCGUGCCGGGCGGGGGCGCCCCGGGUCCCCGUGCCCCCCGCCCGGGCGCCGCCGCCGCCGCCUCCCUUGGGCCUUUGUCCUCCGAGGCCGCCCCCCACCCCCUCCCCGGCCCGCACGCCCCUCGGCCGGGCGCGGAGCUCACGCGAGGCCGGGGCUCCGCGGCCUGCCCCCGCCCCACGCGCGCCCUCCGCGGCGGGUGCCCGGCUCGGGAGAGGCCGCGGAGCCGCCCCGGCCUCCCCCGCCCGCCCGCCCGCCCGCGCCGCCGCCGCAGGAGCAGGAGCCAGGAGCAGCACGGCGGGUCCCUCCUGCGGCCCGCUGCGGAUCCGGGCCGGGGCGGCCGCGCCAGCAGCAGAAAUGAUGGAAGAGUUGCAUAGCCUGGACCCACGACGGCAGGAACUGUUAGAGGCCAGGUUCACUGGAGUAGGUGUUGCCAAGGGUCCAUUAAAUAAUGAGUCUUCCAACCAGAGCUUGUGCAGCGUGGGUUCUCUGAGUGAUAAAGAAUUGGAGACUCCUGAGAAAAAACAGAAUGACCAGCGGAACAGGAAAAGGAAAGCAGAACCGUAUGAGACCAGUCAAGGUAAAGGCACUCCUAGGGGACAUAAGAUUAGUGAUUAUUUUGAGUUUGCCGGGGGAAGUGGUCCAGGAACCAGUCCUGGCAGAAGUGUGCCACCUGUUGCCAGAUCCUCACCACAGCAUUCCUUAUCCAAUCCCUUACCACGGCGAGUGGAGCAGCCGCUGUAUGGUGUAGAUGGCAGCACAGCAAAGGAGCCACAGGAGGAACACUCUGCUCUGCCAACGCUGAUGUCGGUGAUGCUGGCGAAACAGCGGCUAGAGAACGAGCAGCUGGCACAGAGGGGAGCUGGCCUCUGUUUUACUUUUGUUUCGGCCCAGCAAGGCAGCCCCUCUUCUACAGGAUCAGGGAACACAGAGCAUUCCUGCACCUCCCAAAAACAGAUUUCCAUCCAGCACAAACAAUCCCAGUCUGACCUCACAAUGGAAAAAAUAUCUGCAUUAGAAAACAAUAAAAACUCUGACUUGGAGAAGAAAGAGGGGAGGAUAGAUGACUUAUUAAGAGCCAACUGCGAUUUGAGACGACAGAUUGAUGAACAGCAAAAGAUGCUAGAGAAGUACAAGGAACGGUUGAAUAGAUGUGUAACCAUGAGUAAGAAGCUCCUCAUAGAAAAAUCAAAACAGGAAAAAAUGGCGUGCAGAGAUAAGAGCAUGCAGGAUCGGCUGAGGCUGGGUCACUUCACUACUGUCCGGCAUGGGGCAUCUUUCACUGAGCAGUGGACAGAUGGUUAUGCUUUCCAGAAUCUCAUAAAGCAACAGGAGAGGAUAAAUUCCCAGCGGGAGGAGAUUGAAAGACAACGAAAAAUGUUAGCAAAACGGAAGCCACCUGCCAUGGGACAGACCCCUCCAGCAAGCAACGAGCAGAAGCAGCGUAAGAACAAGACCAAUGGAGCAGAAAACGAAACGUUAACAUUAGCUGAAUAUCAUGAACAGGAGGAAAUCUUCAAACUCCGACUAGGUCAUCUUAAAAAGGAAGAAGCAGAGAUCCAGGCAGAGUUGGAACGGCUAGAAAGGGUUAGAAAUUUACAUAUCAGGGAAUUGAAAAGGAUACACAAUGAAGAUAAUUCACAAUUUAAAGAUCACCCAACGCUAAAUGAUAGAUAUUUGUUGCUACAUCUUCUGGGUAGAGGAGGUUUCAGUGAAGUAUAUAAGGCGUUUGAUUUAACAGAACAGAGAUACGUAGCUGUGAAAAUUCACCAGUUAAAUAAAAAUUGGAGAGAUGAGAAGAAAGAGAAUUACCACAAACAUGCAUGUAGAGAGUACAGAAUUCACAAAGAACUGGAUCAUCCUCGAAUAGUUAAGCUGUAUGACUACUUUUCACUGGAUACUGACUCGUUUUGUACAGUAUUAGAAUACUGUGAGGGAAAUGACUUGGAUUUCUAUCUGAAACAGCACAAGUUAAUGUCAGAGAAAGAGGCACGGUCCAUUAUCAUGCAGAUUGUGAAUGCUUUAAAAUACUUAAAUGAAAUCAAACCGCCCAUCAUACACUAUGACCUUAAACCAGGCAACAUUCUUCUAGUCAAUGGUACAGCAUGCGGAGAGAUAAAAAUAACAGAUUUUGGGCUUUCCAAGAUCAUGGAUGAUGACAGUUACAAUUCUGUUGAUGGUAUGGAGCUGACAUCACAGGGAGCUGGUACUUACUGGUAUUUGCCACCAGAGUGUUUUGUGGUUGGAAAGGAACCUCCAAAGAUUUCAAACAAAGUUGAUGUCUGGUCAGUGGGAGUUAUCUUCUACCAAUGUCUGUAUGGCAGAAAGCCCUUUGGCCACAACCAGUCACAACAAGACAUUCUGCAGGAGAACACAAUUCUUAAAGCUACAGAGGUACAGUUCCCUCCAAAGCCAGUAGUCACACCAGAAGCAAAGGCAUUUAUCAGACGUUGCCUGGCCUAUCGAAAAGAGGAUCGGAUAGAUGUCCAGCAGCUGGCCUGUGAUCCAUACUUGCUGCCUCACAUCCGCAAAUCUGUAUCCACAAGCAGCCCAGCUGGAGCUGCAGUUGCUUCAACCUCUGGAUCAUCCAAUAACAGCUCUUCAAACUGAGAGGCAAAAUAAUAGGCCAAAAAUUGCUCAAGAUGCCGGCAAAAAGACUUUCAGAAACAAUUUUGGAAUAGAGGAAAUCCGCAAGGGUCUCAAGAAACCUGUAACAGGUGGUUUUUUUUCUCUUGCUUUUUUCCAUCCAUGGAGCAUGACAACAUCAAUUCUCAUCAAGAAAACCUUCAGCAUCUUAGUCCAAGCCAUGUGGAUAAGAGGUGGCUUGAGGUUUAUUCAGUCAGUGACCACAAAGGAUGGCUGCUCUGAGAGAAGGGGGAAAAUAUGGUUCCAUGUACUGUGAAUUUCUGAACACGCAGACUUCGGGAAUCCAUGAGGCAAUGUGUGCUUCAGAUGAAGAAUGUGGACUUUGGAAAAAGACUGGGCUAGUCCAGUGUUGAUAUUUAAACAUUGUUCUUUUCUUUUAAUAAAGUUUAGGUAACAUCUCCUGAAAAGCUCGAAGCACCAAGGUUCAGCUGGGGAUGGUAUAUGACUCUUUGCCCUUUGGAGGGGAAAAAAGUUGAUCCUGCCUGUUCUUGGCACUAGAGUUAGUGUUUUACCCCUAAUUAAUUUCAAUUUUUUAAAAAAAGUAACAAUUUUUUGAAAGAAAACAGUUUUCUGGUCAUAAAGUGAAACCCAUAUUAGCAAGUAUGUGGCAGCACUCAUUCCUUGAUGUGACCUCUUAAGUAAUCUGCCUUUUUUUGGGCAGGGGGGCAGAGGGAGAAGGAUAAACAAAGAGGAAAAUAGGCCUCUUUAGAUCUCUUGCCAUCAGAUAAACUGCAACUUGGAGUACCCUUAGGUUUUCAACUGCUGCUUCACUGCUUUCUCACUCAACAGUUGUCCCUUUUUUUUAUUUAUUUUUGAAGUGCUGUUUCUUUUUUUUUUUUUUUUUUUUUUUAAAUAAAGGUUGGUCUAUUCAUGUGGUGCUCUCCACUCCUGUGAGCACUGUUUCUGUUGAAUAGUCAAAAUACAGGAAGCAAAUGGGUAGGAAUCCAGAUGCUGCACUCGAUGGUUCUUGUGUGAUCUCUCUCUGUGCUCACACAGUCUGUACAUAUCAUGUUAACAUUAUUAAAACCUGAAGUAGGAAGACUUGUGUGCUCUCCUCAGUUAGGUGACUUGGCAAGGAAACAUUCUCCCUCCCCUAAUGAUUUUUCUUUCAAAACUAAUGACUUCUAAUUCUGCUUGGGGUAUCUUACCCCUUUUGGCCUUUGCCAUCCUGCUGUUAACAGGGCGUUGACUACUAGUGCUGCCCUGCCCCUUAAACCAAAAACCAAAAAAAAACUAAACAAAGAAAACCCACUUGAACAUGUGGCAGCCAGGUUGGAAUGUUCUUAACAUAUGUGGCAAGGGUUUUUAGCCAGAGAUAUUUAAAGAUGCAGCAUUCAGUUAAAAGCCUGUAGGGGGAAGGAGGGAACUGAGUAGUACAUUAGCACAAUUUAAGAUAUUGCGUCAUGUAAACUUUCUUCAACGCCAAACUCCUGUUAUUGUGGAUUGUUUUUUCUAUGCAGCGCCUUCAGGAUUGCUUCUCAAUGCGUUCAUGUGUGCACACACACACUCAUAUGCAUCGUCUCGGGCAUUGAGUACUUGAUUAGAGUUCCUGUGGCAAUGCACAUUUUCUGAUGUGUGCUUUCUAGGAGAACUGUGUCACUUGUUUGCCUUGCCACAUUAAAAGCCACGGUCAACAAACCCCUCCAGGAACCUAGGGUAGCUGAAACGCUAAGUAGUCUGUCAAAAUUAAACUGGCAAUGUGGGAAAGUUCAACAUUUUGCUGCUGCUCUGACUUUUUUUAAUGACUCCCGGGCUUUAAUCUGACGUGUUCAUUUGCAGCUGGAUUAGCGCGGUGUUUAAACUCUUGUGCUAUUCAAAAUACUGCAUCUUUAAAUGCUCAGCCAUAGUUUCUAAGUCCUUCCCAUCCCUGCUGUUCUCUUUAGAAAUUAACUUGUUAGUGAGCAGCAUGUUCAACCUCUGUGAGGCCAAGGCAGAUCUGAUCUCUCAUCCUGUUUUGUUGAAGUUGAUUAUUUGGUCUCUAUCCACAGGAGAAUUCUAAAAGGGUUUUUUAUAUUCCAGUCCAAUUGUCUUUUGGACAAAGUGUGUGCUAUCUCUGUGGGUGUGACUAGUUUUGUGUUGGAUGCAUUUAUUCCUGCUGUGCGACACCGAUAGAGGGGUGUGUGGACAGCAUUAGCCUUUUCCAGUGCUAAAUGCAGUAACUAGUAAAGAACCCUGGUAGAAUUCUGGCUGCAACACUUUUGUUAAUAUGGGUUUCACUUCACUUCAAGUAACAGACCCUUAUUGCCACGCUGUUCAUUUACUUGAAAAGAAAAGUGUAUGAAGAAUUUGUAACUUAAACCAGGCCAGACUGUUUUGGCUCUUCCCAACAGAUGAGACAUGGAUAUUAAAAUAAGUUUUAAGAAACCAAA